AUGCCUCCACUGCACUCCACACACUCACAUAACACAAACAGUCAUACACUCACCACCACACCACCAAGGCACCAAGAGUGGCAGCCAGCAUCCCUCUCAUCUAAGCCCCUACCCAGUGCUGUUCUUUCAGUCUCGUUCAUUCGGAGAGAAAUCUGUCGCUUCGAAACAAAGGCAAUCAUUCGUCAGCUUGGCAGUGCUCCGCCCCUUACAAGAAGGAUGCGACAGCUGCCAAAGGGCACGACCCUGGUGGACGGCGAGGGUUUUCCACAAGGCAUGGCGGUGACGAGUGUUGACGGACGGGACAAGGAGAGCGGAGAGCUGAUCACCACUAAAAUACAAUACUUGAGAAAACGUCUCGAUCUCCGCCUUUCACCUAGGAUCGACUCCCUGCUGUCCGCUGACUUGCUGCACCCUAGAUUAAGCGAGGGAAGAAAGUUUAGCGGCUUCAGAAUACAGCAGUUCACUCGCGGGAGGGCUUGGGAGGGGCCAUGGCAUGGAAGCAGCAUCAGAAACCUCGGACCACAGCUACAGACGUGUGUUCACAUGAAGGGAGGCGCUCCAGUCCAUUAUACUCGAAGACCCAUCGACCCCCGUCAGCCGUCCCUGGAUGUGGUGAGGCGAAACGACUACUCGGUGAGGCAAGCCUUCCGUGUGCCUAAAGAGAGCCUCCCUAAAGCCUCCAUAGAACAACCCCUCAGAAACAAAAAUACUAUUUGCAUCAACAUCUGGGAGGAGUUCCUGUUUGGAAAAUCUGUGAUCAGCUCCUUCGCUGACCGGACCGGGCCAAACAAUGGCCAGGGUGAGAAGGAAGGACAGCAAGAGGCAGAGGAAGAGGAGCUGGAAGAUGGGAUAAUCACCUAUGUUCGGAAAUCCCUCGGUCAGCUUUUACCGAAAUUCGUUGUCGACUUACUGGUGUACACCGCCUACUUCCUGAUAUUUUUUGCCUCGUGUGUGGGUUACAACAUGUUCUGUGAGCUGGGCUGCUACAUCCUACUUGCACAGCACCUAAAGAUCCACGAAAAGGCCUACGAGAAGAAAUUGGACGUGGAGUUUACCGGCAGCAUCUUCCAGGGCCCCUUGUAUGCUUUGACAAGGAACUGGUGUGAGCACUGUAACGAGCGAGACCGCGGCCUGGUGAUGAGGAGGCUAAUGAAGAAGAUGAAGGCAGACAUACUGCCGGUUACCAACACUGCCUCCACGCCUCAGCAGGACACCACUAGAGACCCUCCCUGACCACCACCGCGAUAGGAGUCGUAUAACGGAGUGAAUGCAGUGAAUCACAAGAGUGCCAAAGUCUUAAGUGAAGAUUAGAAUUAUAGCAAUGACACAGUGAUGUAC